AUGGCUGCGCCGCAGAGCGCGGCGCGCCAGGAGGCUGCGCCGUGCCCUGCUGGUGACGCCUUGGUGCGGGUGGCGGCCGCAGCGCUCAGCAAGGUUGCGCUGGGAGCCAGUCAAUGUGACGGCCCCUGCGCCAGCCCCCAGCACUGCAUCGAUGCCAGGGGCAGCAGCAGUAGCCUGGACGACAGCAGCGCGGGCAGCAGCCGUAGCAGCAGUAGCGGCUCCGACGCCGGCGGGGCCGGCGGCUGCGCGCCUGCGGGCCUGGAGUGGCCGUUCCCAGCCACACCCGAGCGCCCCGACCGCCCCGCAGCCGCCGCCCCGGACGACUCCCCAGCCUCGGUCCCGCGGCCGGCGCUGUUCCCUCCUGCAGCUCCCGCCGCCGCCGCCGCGCCCACCUGCAUCGCACCCGCCUCGACCUGCGGCCGCCUGUCUGCCAGCAGCAGCCACGGCAGCCUGCCGGCCGUGCCGGGCGUGAUCGCGCCGGAGGUGCUGGAGCAGCAGUGGCGGCAGCGCGGGGGUGCGCCGGCCGGGGAGGAGCCGCUGCUGGUGGAGAAUGACGAGCGCUUCACAAUGUUCCCUAUCCAGUACCCCGAGGUGUGGGAGAUGUACAAGCAGGCGCUCGCCAGCUUCUGGACCGUCGACGAGGUCGACCUGGGGGGCGACUUCAGGGACUGGGCCAAGCUGACGGAGGGGGAGCAGCGGUUUGUCAAGUACGUGCUGGCCUUCUUCGCCGCCUCUGAUGGCAUUGUGCUGGAGAACCUGGGGGCGCGGUUCAUGACGGAGGUGCAGGCCCCCGAGGCACGGGCGUUCUACGGCUUCCAGAUUGCCAUUGAAAACAUACACAGCGAGAUGUACAGCCUGCUGCUGGAGUCUUACGUAAGGGACCCCACCGAGCGCGCCUCCCUGCUGCGCGCCAUACACACGGUCCCCGUCAUCGGCCGCAAGGCCGCCUGGGCGCUGCGCUGGGCCGGCAGCGGCGCGGCGUUCGCGCAGCGGCUGCUGGCGUUUGCGUGCGUCGAGGGCAUCCACUUCAGCGGCAGCUUCUGCGCCAUAUUCUGGCUCAAGAAGCGCGGCCUGAUGCCGGGGCUCACGUUCAGCAACGAGCUCAUCAGCCGGGACGAGGGGCUGCACACAGACUUCGCCUGCCUCCUGUACAGGUGCCUGUGUUUUUCGAUGCGGCUUGCGGGGUGUUUGGGCUGA